UGACUGAGCAACCAUAGUGACAGGAGCCAAAGCAGCAGCGCAGGUUGUCCCCGUUUCCCCUCCCCCUUCCCUUCUCUGGUUAACUACCCGGGUCCCCUACACUCCACAGUCCCGGUCCCCGUCAUGUCCCAGAAACUAGAAGAAGAGAACCCUGCGGAGGAGACCGGCGAGGAGAAGCAGGACACGCAAGAGAAAGAAGGUAUUCUCCCUGAGAGAGCUGAGGAGGCAAAGCUAAAGGCCAAAUAUCCAAGUCUAGGACAAAAACCUGGAGGCUCUGACUUCCUCAUGAAGAGACUUCAAAAAGGGCAAAAGUACUUUGACUCAGGAGACUACAACAUGGCCAAAGCCAAGAUGAAGAAUAAGCAGCUGCCGAGUGCAGGACCAGACAAGAACCUGGUGACUGGUGACCACAUCCCCACCCCACAGGAUCUGCCCCAGAGAAAGUCCUCACUCGUCACCAGCAAGCUUGCGGGGUAACCUGGGACCCCUUCCCUCCCCUUCCUCACCCUCUGGACUCUUAUAUAUUGUAGGCAGGGAUGGAAUGGGCACAUAGUCACAUCUUCUCAGCGUGCUAGCUAGGAAGGACUUGAGAUUCUGCUGGGGGAUACUGAGAAGGUAAUGUAGGUUGAAGAGGGGCUCUGAGUUUGUUUCUUAGUGGCUGAGACUUCCAUACCCUCACUGUAGCCCAGGUAGGUGCCCAGAAAUAGGAAAGACUAGGAUUGGAUAAUGCUGCAUACUUUUUCUUUUGUGAGAAACUGGAAAGAGAUGAUUUCUCCUUUUUAAAAGAGAAUGUCUCCAGAUUGGGAAUAAUGUGGCAGGUUUAACAUCCUAAGACUAACCUGACAUAGUUGGGAAAGGUAGAUUGAGACAUGUUUUCUGUGCUUCUAAGUGUUUUGUCCCGUUAGGCUGCUAUUGCUUCAUGUUUUCAUUAUGGGAGGUUUAGAGAACCCGCAAAAAGGAAAACCGAUUUGCUUGCCUACGACUAUAGUGCCCACUUAACCUCCUUUAUUUAGUAUCUCUUACAGUUUGUCCUGGCUUGCAAAUGAUGUAAACUUUGACGAACAUUUCUGAUGGAAAAUGGGCACCUACUCUCUCUCUUCCAGCAUGUUACUUUUGAAAGUUUUGUUGAGUAGUGGAUCUAAGAGCACUGAUUCAGGAGUCAGAGAUGUUUGGAUUCUAGUUUGACUCAGUGUUGGCAGACUGUUGUAUAACUUGGUAACGUCAUUCAGCCUCUCAGCAUUUCUGUUUCCUCAUCUGUAAAAUAGUUAAAUAUGUAUAAGACUGAUUUGAUCCUAAAAUUCUGUAUCUGCCAGCAGAAAAACUUUGUGCUAGUUCAUCAUAAAACCAAAAGUGAGAA